CCACGAUAUCCCAGGUCAAUCGCAUUAUCCCUAGUUAAUAGGUCAACUCAGGUCAUCUGCAAACGUGCAUCAAAUUCAACAGGUGUUUAGGAGACAUUUUCAUGCGGUUUAUAAGAACUUUUGCAAGGAUGGCGUCUGAAGCAAAGCGAGUAAAGCUGAGUGGAGAUGAUCGAUCUCAGAAGCUCUCUGCCCUGACUGGUGCAGGCUGGAAGGAGGUGGAAGGGAGAGAUGCAAUCCAGAAGGAAUUCACUUUUGGAAACUUCAAUCAGGCAUUUGGUUUCAUGACCCGGGUGGCACUCAAGGCUGAGACCAUGAACCAUCAUCCAGAAUGGUUCAACGUCUACAACCGUGUGGACAUCACCCUCAGCACUCACGAUGUCGGUGGUCUCUCCGACAACGAUGUCAACAUGGCCAAUUUCAUUGAGAAGGCAGCAACGUCGGCCAAGUAAUUCUCUUCCGCAUUGGUUUCAGCUGUAACCGUCCUUCCCACAAGUCUGAUUUUCUAGUUAAUGUUCAUAAAAUAAAGCAGCUCGGGGUGCCGUUUCACAAAACUUGUCAUCAGUGACGGAUGACAGUUUUUUGCUAUAAGCUACUGAAAUCUUUGCCUCUGAUUGGUCAUCAGCAGAUUUGUCACUGAUUUUCGUAAUUUGUCAUUGAAAAAAGGGUUUGUGAAGCGGGUCCCUGAUUGGCCCUCCACUAUUUAAUUAUCCAGCUGGUUUCUUUCAGUCAUUACCAAAAGAUGCUUUGUAUAAAAUGUUUCAAUUACACACAUCUCCAAAAACAAACAAAACAACAACAAAAUAAUGUAUAGCAUUUUAACUACCGUACUCACCCUUUUGAUAUUUUAGGUUUACCUACAACUGCAAGAGGCCCAAAAUUGCAAAAUGUAUUCUCAAUAGAUAUUUCUUUUAUGAAUUGUAUUAAAUUACCUUGCAUGAAUCUUAUCUGGCAUGGCAACAUUAAUGUAAGCCUUCAUUUCUUGAAAUGAAAAAGAAGAUCAAGAGAUAAUAUCAAGCUGGAACUGUCACUGGGUGCUAGAAUGCUCAGGGAAUAUCUGAAUGCAUUUUUGAACAAACCCAAUAAUUAUGAUUAUACAUUAUUUUUGUGCAAAACGAUGUAACGCAUAUUUUGUAAAUCAUUGUGUUUUCUGACCAAUAAUGCUUAUCAAGAUAAAAAAUAAAAAUAAUGGAAGAUCUGUCUUUAACCAAUCAGAGUUGAGCUUUAAAAGCUAGGUGAAUUUUUUAUUGAAAGCUGGAUUCUGAUUGGCCCAGAGGUGACGUGGAGUUGAACAUUUGGAACUUCCUUGCUUAGGGUUAGACUCUGUCACUGUGACAAUCAUCAUUCUAAUUCAUAUUAUUUCCUCUAAGGUCAACAAUAACACAUGCUGAAGAUUUGUUUGUUAUAAUAGGUUAGAGUAAUAUUCCUUAUUCCGACAGAUAUAUUUGUAUAUUUUAGUUUUAAUAGUGGCAUGUUCCCACCCUUGAAAUUAAAACUGGUAUUCAAAAGAUUUUGGCACAAUUGAACCUUAUCUUUUCCUCCAUUUUAAGAAGUUGUGCUCUUCAAGCAACUUAAUUUUAUUGAAAUUUAACUGAAAUAAUACUCCUACCUUCCCUGUAUCGGGCAGAUGAUCUGAAUAUGGAGUUUGACUCAAAGGAAAAUGUUUUAUUCAGAGGUGGUAUUUUGAACAAGAUGUUUUGUUUUAAAACAAUAUUAAUUAUCAUAGCAAUCUCCAAUUGCGCUGAGCUUACACUUUCCAUUUGUGCUUGUGGAGAUGUCUCUCUUAAAGUGGGACUGCA